AUGGCGUGCCGGGGCUUCUUCGAGUGCGUUCUCAAGCUGCUCAACCUCGUCGUCAUGGCGGUCGGGCUGGCGAUGGUGGGCUACGGCGCCUACCUGCUCGUGAUGUGGCUGCAGGUCGCGCCGCUCCCGCCGCCCGCGCCGCCGUCGCCGUCGCCGGCGGCCGUGCCGCCCGGCGGCGGCGAGCUCGUACGGCUCGGGAGGCCCCUGCUGCUCUUUGUCGAUGCGUCCCUGUCGGAUGGGACCGCCGAGAGGCUCUCCAGUGCCUGGUUUAUUUUUGCGUUCAUUGGUGUCGGCGCUAUACUCUUUAUCACAUCGAUCUUUGGUUGUGCUGGAGCUAGAAAUGGAUGCUGCUUGUCAAUUUACUCAUUCCUCAUUAUUUUGUUCAUACUGGUCGAACUUGGUGCAGGAGGCUUCAUUUUCUUCAACCAUAGUUGGAAAGAGGUCAUCCCAGUUGACAAAACAGGAAACUUUGACAUGAUGUACAGCUUUUUGAAAGAGAAUUGGAGAAUUGCAAAAUGGGUUGCACUUGGAGCUGUUAUAUUUGAGGCAUUGUUGUUCACUGUAGCUAUCAUAGUACAGUCGGGCAAUCAAGCUGAUUAUGACAGUGACGAUGAGUACAUCGGCGCAAGGUCUGGAAUACGGCAGCCAUUGGUGAAUCAGCAAGCUACUACUGCUGAUCCUAGGGUGCCCAAUCUCGACUACCGCCCAAUCCGGAAUGACGCGUGGAGCCAAAGAAUGAGAGAAAAGUAUGGUGUGGAUAGCUUUGAUCCAAACAGGUUUCAACCGGCCACGAUAUCUCCUGCAGAACAAAGAAACCGAUGCACGAUUCUCUGA